AUGGUGGCCUGGGUUUCUUGGGUUUCGACGGCUUCGCUGUGGAGGGCGCGACGCUCCCACACCAAGAGUCGAUGGACGCCCUGGGGUCUUAGGGUCGGGUUUCUCUUGUGGAAUGUUUCUUGUGGACUCGCCUCCACUGUAUUCGACAGUGCUUGUCGUCUAGUGCAUUCUACCGACAUUGCAUCGUCGUGCUCGUCAUGCCUCCUUAGCACUAUCAACCACAGGCCAAUGCAGCGUCUCGCGAUGUUCAAGGAGAAGGCGCUUGCAUAUGGAGACCCCGAGGCAAAGUUGGACGAGGUGCAGCCGCUGAAAGGCGCUCCGGAGACGACCAGUAUGAAUAUGGACUCCCUGGGGGAUCCGUGGGGUCUGCUCCUCGCUGCUGGCACCACGAUUGCAAGGCAAUGCAUGACCUUGGGCCUGAUCCUGUUCUCGGUCGAGACCCCUCUGUGA